AUGGCUUCAAUUGCACGGUGCAUGCGGGCUGCUCGCCCCUCCAGCCUCUCGGUUCUACGACUGGCAACCGUCUCUCGCCCUGCCCCCCGGAAAUACACUAAGGACCACGAGUGGAUUGACCUGUCUGCGGACAACAAGACCGGCGUCAUCGGGAUCUCAGAGUACGCCGCCGAGGCCCUCGGUGACGUUGUCUACGUCGAGCUCCCCGAAGAGGGCAAGGAGGCCGGCGCUGGUGAUGCCAUUGGCGCCGUUGAGUCCGUCAAGUCUGCUGCCGACAUCAACGCACCUAUCAGCUGCAAGAUCACCCAUAUCAACCUCGAGUUGGAGGAGAAGCCAGGCACUAUCAACAAGGUCCCCGAGGACGACAGCGCCGGUGGCGGCUGGAUUGCCAAGGUUACCGUCGACGAGCAGGGCGUCAAGGACUUUGAGGCUUUAAUGGGUGCUGAGGAGUACAAAGAGUUCACUGCUUCUGAGGACCAUUAA